AUGCAAUCCAUUACGCGAAGGUUGUUCCAAGCAUGGGCAGCCGUGCGAGUUAUUUGGAAGCGAGGAUUUGUCCUUUGUUUCAGGCAGAGAGUCACGCAAUUGUUCAUGAGCCCUGCACACUGUAUUGAAUUAGGCUGUCUUCGCUCAAAACGCGAAUCCUUCGCUCAUGCGGCAAAAGCGAAACUGACAUCUACGUCAUAUAUGAUGAGAUGGGGGAAACGAGGCAAACUGCGUCAGCAAAUCCGUGAUUUGGAAACUUCAGAACUGUUCCUAUGCCAACAGGUUGACUCCUUGAAAACUGACAACGACAUCCUGAAAGGGGAGCGAUCAAGACUGUCGCACCUGUUGCAAGAAUCAAACGACACUUUGUUAAUUAUGAACAAAGCCCUAAAGUCCAACGAGGCGAACAAAGCUGAACGGAACGACUUAAUCGAGAGUCUGAACCAGCAGCUAGCUGCUGCAGAGGAUCUUUUUGCACGACUUUACCAAAGAAUAAGGGCAAAUGCAAUGAGGACUCAUGCUGCAGAAUCUAAUUUUGUAUCCGAGACUGAAACCCCAAGAGAGAGCGAGGUACCCAUCUGCGCGUUGCAGGAUGACUUAGGCGAUGUACAAGAAGAAUUGAUGAAAUGUCGCGAAGUUAUUCACCGACAAAACGUCGAGAGCAUAGUGCAGGACUGUAUUUGGGAAGCAGCAUGCGCCGCAGCUGUUCCGGAAACGAGAGAGAAGCAAGGAAAAGAGGAAAGAAGAGUUGCUGUCUGUCUAUCCCCACGCAAAGGUAAUCGGAGCAUAUCCAAGGCACAGCACGUGCUGUGUUCAGAACUGUUUCUUGCCAUCUCCUGUGACGGUGUCCUCGUACCAAGUCGUAAGAGAGUAUCAGAUGAGGGACACAACUUGGGAUGUCUUGGUGUUCUCAAAUCGUUUUGGGUGUGGCUGCUCGCUCAGUGCUGA